GCUGGGAUAGACUCCAGCCCCGCCACGGCCCUAGUGAGGAUUGAGCGGUGUAUAGAUAAUGGAUGGGUGGAUAGACUUUCUGAUGCUGUUUAGUAGAGGAAAAUUCUGUAGAUAAACUAUAGAUUUUGGGGGAAAAAAACAAAUCCAAAACAAAAAUCCAUUUACUCUGGUAAGACAAGCAAAAGCAGCAAAUCUUCACAUUUCAAUUGAUUCCGGGAAUUUGCUUUUGUUUUGUUUGGAAAAUGACUUAAACAAUCAAAAUACAGUAAGUUUCCAUGGCUUGACAAAUCCAGUAUUGGUUUUAGUUUAGAGCUACAUUCAGCAGCAAAUAUCUACUUCUUUUGAGUAGUUUACAUCAAAUUAUACUAGUCUGUGUUUACAAAAAGCAGGCUAGUGUACUCGUCAAUUUUUGUCUAAUUCGGAGCCUUUCCUGUUUUGUAGUUAUUGGUUAAAUAUUAGAAAUACGCAGCAGGUACAGAACAGGACUCGAGGAGCCUGUUUAUCAGUGAGCAGUUUCUGUCUGCCGUGGAGAGCGAGCAAGUUGAGCAAUAUGUUCUCCAGUGAAACUAUUUUACCCAGGAACCUGGAGGGAGGAAAGCAUAGCAGUAAAACGGAAUUGCAGUGUGUUUCAUAUUACAGUGUGCUCGACUGACUGUUCUGGCUGACUGUUACAAUGAGCUCCACUAUGGCCACUGACGUGUCACCAUCUGUUGAUGGAAUAAAAAGGCUCAGACAUAAUAAAUAUUUUGUGGGCUUCAUCUUUGCCGAUUAAAGAUAACUCAGCGUGUGCACUGCGUCCUCUUAUCAGCACUUAAGGACUUAAGGUAAUAAUUUGUGUGUGUGUGUGUGUGUGUGUGUGUGUGUGUGUGCAGCUAGAGUGAGUCGUGUGUGUGUGUGUGUGUGAGAGACCUAUGGGUGCAUUGUUAUAUAACUGUACACUCACAGCGGCAUUGUUGCUGAGUAACUCUGACUCUUCCUGAUCAGAGAACACCAGACAGUUAGUGUCUCUUGUCUGCACUGUGUGUUACUGUUACAGGCAGUUCAUACUCUGAAAAGGAGAAGAUACUCUGAAAAGGAGAAGUUGGAAUGACGGCAAAGUGAGGCAUUAAUUUUGCAGCAUCCCUCCAGGUUGGCUUAAUGGUGUGCAACAGUGUUUUCUCUGUGGACCAGAGCCCACAUUCACCGUGCAGAAGUAUUCAUUUCCAACCCAGUCUGCAGAGCUGUCUUCUGCUCGUUUUAUCAUCUCCUGCAGAUGAUUUCUCCCAAUCUCUUAAAGUCAAAGUAGCCCGUGAUUCUCAUUCUGAUUUUGUAAGUUGCUACAUGUCUGCAAGACAUCAGUGUUGAGUGUACUUGGAUUUUGUUGGUUGUUGCACAAACUGUUCCCUCUGAUCCUGCCCCCAGCUGCAUUAGUCACAGGAUAGAGUAAAAACACACUCAUGCUGGCCAGCUAUAAUCAAGCCUAAUUUAAGUCACUGCAUUGUCCUUCAAAACGGACAUUAUGCCCUCAGUAUUCCUUAAAACUGGCUUGCUUUUUUCCUUUUUUUUUGCUCAUAUUCUAACGCUCCUCAGUUGUGCAACAAUUAUAAACUUCGUCUUGGGUUCAGAAGCAGUGGAAGUAACAUGUUUGUUAAGCUUCUCUUCACAUGAUAUGGAGCAUGAGAUUGAAUGUUUUUAUCAAAGACAUGCACUCAUUGAAAUGAGGAAGCCUUGACCCCAAUGAACUGCACCCAGAAGAAAACACUCUUGCUGCAAAAGUCAUUGUCUCUUUGCACUAAUAAACUGAUGUUGUGUAAGUUUAUAGUGAAAGGCUGGUGCUGGGUCAUUUGCUACAGAAGACGAUGCAUUUGUCAGCAUUGGUGUGUGUGCACAGAGUUAAACAGUGGCAGAAUUUAUAAAUACACAUAUAUGUAUAAUGUGCAUACAGCUGGAGCUUGACCAAUUUAUCAGUCAGCCAAGAUUUGUGGAUCGGCAAGCAGACCUGCAACUCCAUUUUAUCCAUGUUUCCAAUCAGCCACCAAAGCCUGUUGUUGUGUAGAGCCUCCAAACAGCUCAAACCCAUCGGGGCAUGGGCACAGGAUCUCUGGGUUUCCUAUAAUGUCUGUGAAUUGUUGAAAGUUGAAGGUGGAGUUCAGACAGCAGGUUGACGUCUGGGCUCUUUAUCAUGUUCCGCAAUCAAAUUCUAAAUAGUUUUUUCUGUGUGGCAGGGCAUAUUUUUCUGGGUUGGUGGUGCAUGUAAAAGUACACAUUGUCAGCUGAACCAGCCGCUUCACAGUAAACACAGCGGUGCAAACAAAUUCCUCAGCUGGGCAACCUCGAGUAAGACGUCUCUGGAGAAAGCUGUCAAACACCCCCACCAGCCGGACACCCUCCAUUCCCAAGGGCUCCAAGUUACGCUUAUGACACUUUUGGCACUUGACCCUUUCUUUUUGCCCUUUCGAAGUCAACAAGCUUUCAACUCUGCAGCUUCCAGCCAAAGUGUAGCCGUCUGAAAAGAGGUUUCAGUCUUUAAAUAAUGAAGCAAUAAAUUCGGCUAAAGUAAUCUGUUGUACGACUGGCGAAUCUUGCAAGGGUUUUUAUUUGCAACAGAUGAAUUGCUUUAUUUGAGUCAUUUAAGCAACUGAAAUACAUUUUAUCCCAAAAACUGCAAAAAUAGGCGAUUCCCUAGACAAGAGAGAGCAUACUGUUUGUCCUGUCAGAAAUGAUUGACAGGUUUCUCUUGACAUCUCCAGAGUGGAAAGAAAAACAGCUGUGUUGCCAACACAAACAGCUGAACUGAGAGAGACCACUUUGAAUCCUGUGCGGUUCAUACUUUCAGAAAACCUUCGUUGACUGUUAUUGUCUAACUCUGUUCUGAAAAGUUAACCGUCAGACAAAGCCAGAGGAAUCCUUACCUAAACACUGUCACCAUGUUGGAACUGCAGCAUGUAACAGUGCACCCAGCCAUGAGUAGCAGCUUGCAUGCAAGUCUCUAGUAAUGCCAUGAUGAGCAGUAUGGCUGGACUCAAGUACUGAACAGAGCGUGGAAAUCCUCAUGUCUUCAUAAAUCAGACCGAACUCUUUCACUCAGACAAAAAUCAGGCAAUACCCAGUAGAGCCUGGCGUUUUCUGUGUAGCCAUCUGUCGAGCUCCUCACUUAAAAAUCUUCUUUUAUUUUACCCAUGCUUGCAUGUAGUGCAAGGAUGCCCCAUAUUACUGUCCACUGUUCUUGAGAAAGAGACUAAGGAGGAGGGGAAAGGGUAGGAAAUGACAGAGUGCCUGACAGAAUGCAAAGCGCUGGUGACUCCAUCCACGCGCAACGGUCACCGCGUCUUCAGCUACACGCUAGAGAGCCACACGUCUGCUGCCUUCGCCAUCAUGAACGAGCUGCGUUUGGAGCGGCAGCUGUGCGACGUCACACUGCGUGUUCGCUACAAGGACCUGGAGGCGGUGGACUUUGUGGCUCACAAGGUGGUGUUGGCCUCCUCAUCCCCAGUCUUCCGGGCCAUGUUCACCAAUGGCCUGAAGGAGUGCGGCAUGGAGUUGGUGCCCAUCGAAGGGAUUCACCCCAGGGUUAUGGACAGACUGAUAGAGUUUGCCUACACAGCCAGCAUCUCUGUGGGUGAAAAGUGUGUUAUCCACGUGAUGAACGGUGCUGUCAUGUACCAGAUUGACAGCGUGGUCAAGGCUUGCUGCGAUUUCCUCGUACAGCAGCUUGACCCCAGCAAUGCCAUUGGCAUCGCCAGCUUUGCAGAGCAGAUUGCUUGCACAGAGCUCCACCAGAAGGCCAGAGAAUACAUCUAUAUGAACUUCAGCCAGGUAGCAACCCAGGAAGAGUUCUUCAACUUAUCCCACUGCCAGCUGGUCACCCUCAUCAGCCGCGAUGAGCUCAAUGUGCGCUGUGAGUCCGAAGUCUUCCAGGCAUGUGUGGCCUGGGUGCGCUACGACCAGGAGAACCGGCGACCCUACGUUCAGGCCCUACUCCAGGCUGUCCGCUGCCAUUCCCUCACCCCUAACUUCCUGCAGGCCCAACUCCAGUCUCUGGACUGGGACCCGGAGUGUAAAGACUACCUGGUCCAGAUCUUCCAGGACCUCACCCUCCACAAACCAACCAAAGUAAUUUCUUGCAGAACUCCUAAGGUGCCGCAGCUCAUCUACACAGCAGGGGGUUAUUUCCGUCAGUCUCUCAGCUACCUGGAGGCCUACAACCCCUGUACCGGAGCCUGGCUGAGGCUAGCUGACCUGCAGGUGCCCCGCAGUGGCCUGGCAGCCUGUGUGAUCAGUGGACUGUUCUAUGCUGUUGGUGGAAGAAACAAUGCACCUGAUGGCAACAUGGACUCAAAUGCUCUGGACUGCUACAAUCCUAUGAACAACUGCUGGUUGCCGUGUGCACCGAUGAGCGUGCCCAGGAACCGAAUCGGAGUUGGUGUGAUCGACGGCAUGAUAUAUGCAGUUGGUGGAUCGCAUGGGUGCAUUCAUCACAACAGUGUGGAAAGGUAUGAUCCAGAAAGGGACCAGUGGCAGCUGGUAGCCCCAAUGCUAACACGACGUAUCGGUGUGGGUGUGGCGGUCAUCAACCGGCUGCUUUAUGCUGUCGGGGGGUUUGACGGGGCCAACCGGCUCAGCUCCUGUGAAUGCUACAACCCUGAGCGGGAUGAGUGGAAAACCAUGGCCCCCAUGAACACUGUGCGCUCCGGAGCUGGUGUGUGUGCACUGGGUAAUCACAUCUUUGUGAUGGGUGGAUACGACGGCACCAACCAGCUGAACACAGUGGAGCGCUACGAUGUAGAAACUGAUACGUGGAGCUUUGCUGCCUCAAUGAGGCACAGACGCAGCGCUCUGGGGGUCACUGCAUUACAUGGACGCAUCUAUGUACUGGGCGGUUAUGAUGGCAACACUUUCCUGGACAGCGUGGAAUGCUACGACCCAGAGCAGGACACCUGGUCAGAGGUGACGCACAUGACGUCAGGGCGGAGCGGUGUGGGCGUGGCUGUUACCAUGGAGCCCUGCCAGAAGGACCUGCCACAGUGUCAGAAUUCUGAGAGCGAGUGCGGUGCGGCGUCACUGUUCUACCAGUCAGCCAACUUUCACCACAAUCGGCCGCACGGCGGUCCCUUCGGCAAAGGCACAUGAAGCUCGUCACUCAACCCUGUCACACACUCGCAUACAUAGACGAGCACCACAAAAACUCAACUCUGUCUUCCCAAAUAAGAAUAAGGACCCUCACAAGUCAUCAGAGACAGAGGUGGGCUGAAACACCACUUGCUGCCUCACUGAUCUGUAGUAUUUUAUUUUAAUGCUUUGCUGAUGCUCAACUAUAAGGUGACAAAAAGCAACUUAAGUUGAGUAUCAGCACUGAACUAUACAAAUCAAGUAUGACCCCCCACGCAGUCCAAUUUCCAGUAGAUUGUGUCCAUUCAAAUCUGAGUCUUUCUGUCUGUGCAUUCAGAUUUGGCAUUUAAAGCCCUCAGUCAGACCGUGAUUUACCAGGUUUGAGGGAAAGGGCUGCAUACUAAAAAGGUCAGUUUAUUGGCUCAAAGAGUCAUCAAGAGCUCUUAAUUAUAUUUAAAGAGCAGAAGAUAAAUCUGAUUGGAGAGCAAAAUACUUCAAAUAAUCAGAUUCUGUAAACAAGUCCAAAAAAAAAGUAGCAUUUGUCUGUAUAGGCAGUAGAGUACAAAGUGCCAUUACAAUGCCUGCGGGUAUUACUGUUAUCAGUAUAUUGUCUUGAGGUGCUUGUGUUGGAGAGGCACAGCCUGACUCACUGUGCAGUGUGUAGUGAAUGGUGAAGGCAACCCAGAAAGCCACAAGAUGAAGCUCAUACACGACAAUGGGCCUCAUGCAAGGUCAUCCAAAACCUCUCUUACUCUUUUUAGUUUUACAGCCCUAUGUGUUUCACUUAUUUUAAGUGUCAUUCACAAAGUCAGAAUUCAUGCGUAAAAAAGAAACUAAAUUUGAACUAACCAACUUCAAAGUGGUGUUGAAAAUCACAGAACAAAGAAGUGACUGUAGUCAUAUGAGUGCACUGAAAGAUAACAGGAGUGAGUAGUUUGUUUCAGAAAAAAGCCCUUUUGCCUCUCAUACAGGACUAAAAUGGGAGUUUGCACUUGAGGGAACAUGACAUUCAGUUGCCAUAUUGGUAGGUCCAUCUAGUUGUGACUAACACACUCUAGUACAACAGUCCUGCAAUAAGUCCUGCUUUCAUGAUGCUUGAAAUGUCAUUUUUCGUUAAAACCAUUUAAUGGUAACAGUAUGCUCACAGGUGUUUUGGUUGCUUAGCCUAAUUUUAUCUCAGAUAUAAAUAGAGUGGACAAAAUAAUAGCUAUAUAGUAUAGUUCAACAGCAUCACAAACUGCAGCCUCUAAAAUGAUUGUAAGCUUGAAUCAUUACAACAGUUCCAACAGAAAUCAGGCUUUAUAACCUUCAUAAUAGUAGGAUUCAUUGCAUGACUGUUUUCUCAAACUGCAUUAGUUUUAUUUAGUUGUGUCUUAUUAUAAACUGGCAACUGAGUGUAUAUUUCUUUAGCAGCAGGUGGUCUAGCUUCGUUUAAUGUAACAAGAUCAAUGCUAGAUCUUAAGAAAUUUCAACCUGUAUCACUCUUAACUAACUUGUGCAAGUGGACAUAAGAACAAAUGUGUUUAUACAUGCGUUUCUUGCAUGAGGCCUAUUGUCUCAGAUUGUAAGUGUUGGUACAAGAGAUGCAUUGCUUUGCAGUAACUGCAUGGUAACAGACUUGUCUAAUUGUCACUGAUAGGUUUGUAAAAAUGGUAAAAUUUAGAGAAAUAUCUGAGGCUAUCGGAGAGACUCAUCCGGUGUGUGGAGCGGCAACAAAAUGAAGAAACGAGUUUUGACUGUGUUAGAGCAAACAGAACACUGUAGCAUUUUCAAAUUUGGAUUCAAGCAUCUAGCUGAAUGUGUUUUUUUUAUUUAAAAAAAAGAAAACAACAACAAAAAAAACACUAAUUACUGACAGAACUGAAAACCUCCCACCUGCAGUGUACUUUUUUCUUUUUUUUCUUUUUUUU